UCAAAGUAACUCCAAGGAGCCCUCUAUGAAUGUAAACGAUAGAAAAUUAAAUAUGGCUGAUGUUUUGUUUGUGUGUAUUGACAAUGUCGUGUUGCUUUGUUUAGUUAAUUUCCCGGUGUAAUAAUACGUAUUGCUCGUGGAAAAUUUAGGAAAAAAAUGAACGCCACGAGUCUUUACGUAUCGACGUGUCGGUUAGUUUUACAAGCAGACGCUGAUGAUCCGAAUUCGUGGACAGAUCUAUAUAGGCUAGUUCCGUAUUUGCGACAAAGCCUUAGUUGUACUGUGUGUUCAAAUUUAUUAAUUGAACCCCAUACGCCGACUGAAACGAAUUGUCAGCAUCAUGUGUGUCGUGGGUGCAGAGGUGGACGUAAAAAACUUAAACCUUCGUGUGGCUGGUGCAAGGACUAUGACAAAUAUGUCGAAAAUGUUCAGUUACGAAUAUUGUUACAGUGUUAUAAAAAACUGUGUGAAUACUUGACAAAUACAAACAUUUAUCGAAGUUUAAUACUUUCAGUGUCUUCCAAUAAAACAGGCAAUAGUGCGUCUGCUAUUGGUGUUACAAGUCUUAUGGAACUUAUACAAGAAGGUUCCGGCUUCAAAGACGAAUUUAAAAGUACUGCUGGUUUAUCAAAAUCUGCGUAUAGUAUUUUACCAUGUGUUUACACAAGUACAACUUCGACCCAGACUCAAGGAAACACUAUACAAAGUUCUGAAACGAUAUCACAAAGUAUAUCUGAAUCACCUGCUAUUCGUACUGUAUCAAACGGAUCUUCGAUAUACUCUGUGAUGUAUGCUGGAUCUGGUAACAAAAUAACAAUAAAACGGAAAGCAGCUGCUACGGAAGAUACAGAAGUAGGACAACAGGAUAUGGAUGGAAAUCAACACAGCUCUGUAGGAGGGGUAAAAUGUAUUCCAUCUUCCCACCUUAAAUAUGGGACCCCUUCUCAGAAAAAAUCUUCAAAAGGCAGCAAAUCGUCUGGUUUUAAAAAACCAAGGUCAAGUUCUGCUCGGAGUAAAAGAAAAGGAUGUAGAUGUGGUAAUGCUACAGCAAUACCUGGAAAAUUAACGUGUUGUGGUCAACGGUGUCCCUGUUAUGUUGAAAGUAAACCUUGCGUGGAAUGUAGGUGCAGAGGUUGUAGAAAUCCUCACACAGCGGAUGGAUUAAAGAUUCGUCCGCAUAUACCUGAAUUACAUAAUUUACAGUUACAAUUAUCAGCUCCUUUGGACUGCGAUACAUUAAAUUCAGAUCCAUUAGGAUCAGUACCACAAUGCCUUUCAACUUCCCCAACUACAAUUCAAGUAUUAAAUGUUUAUUCAACUCCGAGAUUAGAUAUCGAUAAUGUACCACAAAAUCUACCUGCCGCCUUGUUAGUAGGAGAAGAUGCUAUGAUUAGUACUGAAAGUGAAGCUGAAGACAGUGAUAUACAAAUUGAUGUGUGACAAUUCAAAUGACAUUGUCAAAUGUCAUGUUUAACGUAAGUUUCAGAGUAAUCAGUCGACUAUUGAAAUAAAAAGUUAUGGUUUUUAAUCUAUAAUUAUAUUACGAAAUAAUAAAUAUAUUUUUAUCACUCAUAAAUUAUCUAUAUUAUGCCAUUUUAAAAAGUUUAGAGAACUAAGUUUGUGUAAGUAUAAAUAAAUUUAUUUCCAGUGUAAAGAUAAAAUAUUUUAUUCCAUUUUUUAUUUGUAUCAUAAUUCGUAAUUUUUUACUGUAUUUUAUAUUUAAUCAAAUUCAUCUAUAUUCCAAUCAUUACUUUUAUUGUUUGUAUUCAACUUGUAUAUACGUCUAUUGUACUUCCCUAAUUUUUUAACAUGUGCAUAGAUAAGUAUGCUUGUAGCAUUGCAAAAAAAUACCUCUAUGUCCAUAUACAUGUUGUGCCAUACACUAAAUCUGCUUAUUAUUAUGUAUUUAAAAUAUUUAAGGUAAAAGACAAAAAGUUUCAAUUGUCUAUAAAUGGCAUUUGAUAUAAGAAAUAGUAAAUUGGCAAGAAAAACAUAGACAACAGAACAUAUAGUUUAACUAUUUCUCUCUUUGUUCACUGAAAAUAGUUAUUUUAUAGAUACAUUAAUUACAUGAUGUGAAAAGAUCAAUGAACAUACAAACUUUAUAAAAAAUAUGGAUCAAAAACAGAUUUUUCCAAAAGAACGUUUAUAAUUUCAAUAUCAUUAUUUAAAAUAUUGCGAUUAUAUUGCUUACUAUAAGCUGUUUUUAAAAAAAUAAGCUGUAAUAAGAACAUUAUUUUUAAUAGUUCAAUCAAUAGCUAAAUCAUUUUAACGAAGUGAAUAUUCAAAAAGAUAUAUUUGUUUUGUUUGCUUUUGCAAGAUUCUUUACUUUCUACAUUAAAUACAUUGUUGCCCCUCCUUUUUUAUCAUUAAAAGAGAUCAUUCACUUUUUUUCGAUGAAAAAGCUUAUUUGUAACGAUCAAAUAUUAUAUUUUUUAUAUAUUUUUCGUAUUAAUUAAUAUGGUUGUUACAUGUGAACGUAUUACAUUUGGUAUAUUGCUCUUAUAAAAAAACUUUAUUUGUACAUUUGGUUUAAAAUAUUUUUAUAGUAUAUGAGGUUCUAGAGAAAUUAAAAUUAUUUUAUGGAAUUGUUGAUCACUGAUACCUUUAAUUCAAAAUGUAAGUGUAACUAGAUAUAGGUACACUUUACCAACAUUGUCAACGAAUUCAAAAUUAAUAAUAAAUUUUUGAUUCCAUAUCAAAUUAUGGAAUACUGUAAAUUAUUGUGAAAUAUUAUAUAUACCUAUUUAAAAUAAUUAUAUAGUUUAAAUCUUCAAUGAUGUGAUAAAUAUUAUUAAUUUUACUUAUAAUUGUUUAUAAUUUUCUGUUACCAAUACUUAUGUUAGGCAAAACAUGAGUAUUUAUAUAUUUGUAAAAUAGUAUAUACAUAUAUAUAUAUAUAUAUAUUUUGUAGAUACGUGGUUUAGUAUUUUUCUCAAUAUUAGCUGUAUUUCAAAAUACAUUAUGUGAAACCUCUGGCAAAACUUUAUUUACAACACAUUUAUAAAAAAUUAAAAAAUUAAUUGAACAACAAAAUAAGUGUGAAAUGUAUUAUAUAUACAUAAUGAUGUUUGCAUUCAAGUUAUGAGCUAAAAUUUACUUAAAUUAAUUGAAACUGGUGGAAUGUAAUGUUGAUGAUUGUAAGUUUCAUUUUAUCCUAAAAUAUUAUUAUUUACUCUAUGUUUAUGU